AUGGCGCAAACAGCUCUAAAUGGAGUAUCGGGAGAGAAAACCGCAUUCACUUGCAAAUUCCCCGGAUUGCUGGCGGAGGACGAGCUUCAGAUCAACGAACGCGCCCAAAGCGUUGUCGCGCAACCUUCAACCGAGUCAUGGAAGCAGUUCUGGCAUGAAAAGAAAAUAUCACAUAGAGCUGUCAUCCAAGCGGUUUGGGCACUGGUUUUGAACGUUUUCACUGGCGAUGAUCUCGUUUGCGCCAAAGUGCUGAGUCUGGAUAAUGAGGGCGGACUCUGGGGGCUCUUUACGGCGCAUGUGGACCGAAAAGUUACAUUUCUCGAGCUAUUGGAGUCCAUCGAAAACCAGAGGCGGGAAAACGUGCUGUUCAAGGACGAUGAAUUCACUUGCAACACGUCAGUUUGUUUCAUUGGCAACGCCCGCAAAAUCUCAGACUCCGAGGAGGAACUGGAUAUAUCGCUUCAUGUGACAGAAGAAGAUGAACAGCUGGGGAUAUCAAUAUGCUACAACACCUCGUAUUUGUCACAAAAGUAUGCCAAAAUCGUCUCAGAGACCUUUGGCCACCUGUUGGCAGAGGUUUCAAGACAUCCGUCGCGGGAAUUGUCGGACAUUAAUCUAGUGCAUCCCCAAAUUUUGAAUCAAAUGAAAGAUUGGACGAAAAACGCACCGUUAUCUGAGGAUCGAUGUAUCGGGCCACUAUUCGAAAAGAUGGCCCGGGAGCGGCCGGCAUACACCGCAAUACAAACGUCCGAAGUUUCACUUACCUACCAGGAGCUAGAUGGCUUAAGUUCUCGGCUGGCGCUGCAUUUGCAAGCGAUGGGAGUCGGGCCUGAACUUGCAGUGAUGCUCUGUUUUCCCAAGUCGGCAUGGGCAGUGGUAGCCAUGGUAGCGGUCAUCCGCGCGGGCGGUGUCAUGCUGUGUUUAGAUCCUUCGCAUCCAAAAGCGAGGCACCAGGAAAUUCAACACCAGGUUAAAUCGCGCUGGAUCUUGACGACCCCUGGGUUUUCUGACCGUUGGAGCUGGUCUGAUGCGGCUGUCCUGAGCAUUGAUCGUGCAUUUGUCGAAUCGCUCCCAUUGCAAUCAGAGGAAAGGAUAAUUUCGGACAUCACACCAUCUAACGCAUUAUAUAUGAUCUUUACCUCUGGGAGCACUGGGAAACCGAAAGGUUGCGUUAUCGAGCAUCGCCAGUUUCUCACGGGGUCUCUAGCACAACAGAAGGCGUCUCAUAUGAACUCUUCCGAUAAAGUGCUACAACUGGCAUCUUUCACGUUCGACGUGAGUAUCCUAGAAAUUAUCACAUCUCUGAUUUCGGGAGCGUGUGUUUGCAUCCCCAACGACGAUGAAAGAUCCAAAGGGCCCGCUUACUGCAUUCAAUUUUUCGGCAUCACCUGGGCUUUUCUGACCCCCUCUUUGGUUAAACUUAUGAGCCCGGAUUUGGUUCCGACCCUAAAGUUCUUAGUACUUGGCGGGGAAGCGGUUCAGCAGGAAAAUAUUCAAGUCUGGGCAUCUCAUGUUCGUCUCGCAAACGGAUAUGGACCGACAGAAUGUUCGAUUGCGGCCACGGGAAACGCUGGACUUUCGCCAAAUACAAGUCCUGCCAAUAUUGGCCAUCCCCUUGGGGGAUGCUGCUGGGUCGUCGAUAAGGACAACCAUGACCGUCUUCUCCCUAUUGGCGCGCCCGGUGAACUCAUUAUACAGGGUCCGAUCGUCGCUCGAGGGUAUCUCAACGAAAUAGAAAAGACUCGGGCUGUGUUCCUCGAAAAUACCAAAUGGCUUCCAGCUGAUGCAACUGGACCAUAUCGGCGACUUUAUAAGACAGGCGAUUUGGCAAGGUUCAACGCUGACGGGAGUAUCCAUUUCAUCGGUCGAAAGGAUAGUCAAAUCAAGCUUCGUGGUCUUCGAAUAGAACUGGGCGAAAUUGAGCAUCGCUUAGCCGCUCACCCUUUAGUGCAACAGGCAGUUGUCGUCCUAGCAAAGCAGGGUCUUUGCCAAGGGAAGCUGGCCGCCGUGAUAAGCUUGAAGACCUUCCACCAGGCAUCUGACGCUGUCGAACUAGUCAACGAAAAUAGCAUUCAUGAGGCGAUGGUGCAGUUGGAGGGCAUCUCUGAUGAUCUCUCUCAGCAGUUACCUGAUUACAUGCAGCCAACAAUCUGGGCUCCGGUAAAAUCCAUACCAUUGACCAUCUCGGGAAAGUUGAAUGGAGUUCUUGUUCGUCAGUGGAUAGAGAAUAUGCAAUCUGAGUCAUAUAAUCUGGUCACUGGAAAAGCUAAGGAGACCGAACAUGUAACGAUUGCCACGAACGAUACCGAGCGAGAUCUGCAGGAAGCUUGUGCCAAUGUGUUAGGUGUGCAAGCGAAAGAAGUGUGGUUAAACAGAUCGUUUAUCCAGAACGGGGGGGAUUCUAUCCAGGCGAUGCAGUUAUUGGAGAAACUGCGCCGGAAAGGUGUCCUGAUUGGUUUUGCAGACUUAAUGCGGAUGGCAUUGAAUGAGCUUGCUGCUCAAUCAGUCGAACAAAUACUUUUUGAAUCUUCCGAGGAGGCCAUUCCUACCCCUGCAGCAAUAGAUACUGAGAAACUUGUCGAGCUGAAUAUCCGGUCAGAUGAAAUCGAAGAAGUCUAUCCGCUGUCUAGCGUUCAGCAAGGAAUUAUGUUAAGCCAGCAGCAGAACCCCGGGAGCUACCAUUUCCGUAUAACUUGCGAAGUACUUGUGCCUCAGGGUCAGCCGGUGGAGACCAAUAGGUUACGAAGCGCGUGGCAGCAAAUGGUUCGUCGCCACCCUGCUUUACGAACAAUCUUCAUCGAAACCGAGAAAGAGGACGGGCUACUAGAUCAACUCGUUCUGAGGGCCCAUAACGCUAGAAUUGUGGAAUUGCGUGGUGCCGAUGAAGGCGCUUUGUUCAAAACCCUGGACAGCCACCGCAGAAUAGAUGAUAAAUCCCGGCCAGCAGUCGAAUUCAUCAUCUCUUCAACAGAUGAUGGUCGAGUCUUUUGUACUGUUGACAUCAACCAUGCCCUCAUCGAUGGUGUCUCCGUCCUGGUGCUAUUUCGGGACCUGAGUCAAGCAUAUUCGGGGAUACUAGAUCGCGAGUCAACAAUUAGAUACUCGCCAUACAUGAAGUAUUUCCAAAAAUUAUCAGUGGAUGACGCGUUGAGCCACUGGACCCAGUAUCUGGAGGGUUGUGCACCUUGUCACUUUCCAGUGCUUAAUGAUAACAAGUUCGACAACCACGAGCUUCAUGAGCUAAAGGGAGCAAUUGACGAUGUUGAUGCCAUUCAUAGCUUCUGUAAGGACAACAAUCUCACACCUGCCACUGUCUUUCAAGCAGCAUGGGCACUUGUGCUUGCAGCAUACACAGGUCGCGAUGACCUUCAGAGACACAAAAUGGCUUCUUGCAGGGACUUCCGUAUCAGCACUGUUCGAUUGCUGCCAUUCAGCAUGCUCUCCGGGUUUCUGAGCCCUUGUUUAACACCGCUAUGUCACUCCCAAGUGCAGUCGGGCGCUGAAAUCUGGGGUACAGAGAGCAAGGAAUCUGUUGGGUUUAGAGUGGUGUCAGAAAGAGAUCCCACAGAGUACAAUGUAUCCGUCAAUAUCUUUGUGUCCAAGUCCACAAUUUCUGUCGCGUUGCGCCACUACACCGAUCAACUUAGCGAUGGGAUGACAAAAAAUGUUUUUGAAACAUUUUGCACGGCUAUCCGCAGAAUUAUCUCCAGUCCUCAUAUCCCUCUGGGUGGUUUGAACAUCCUUAGUGAUCGAGACCAGGAACAAAUCGCCAAAUGGAAUUCCUACAUCUGGCCGGAAGUAAACGAAUGUGUUCAUGAUGUCAUCCGUCGGCAGGCAGUCCUUCGCCGGGAUGAACAAGCCGUCGACGCUUGGGAUGGAAGUUUCACUUACCAAGAGCUCGAUUCAACCACAGACUACCUGGCAAAUAUCCUAGCAAAAAACGGUGUCGGCGCCGAGGUCCUCGUACCUAUCUGCUUCCGAAAGUCCAGGUGGACUGUGGUGGCUCAGGUAGCAGUAUUGAAAGCAGGUGGUGUAUGUGUUGCGUUUGACCCGGAGCAUCCAAAAAGCCGCCGAGAAGAAAUGAUCAAGCAGUGCGAUGCGAAGCUUGCAGUCGUGGCGGAGGGCGUCGAGCCACUCUUCAAAGAACUGCUAGACACUAUCAUCGUUGUGGGACCGGAUCUCCUUAAUCACGACCUACCAGGGCCAUCAACUAUUCUGGUACCAAAACCGGCCUUGCCAUCUAAUGCAGCAUUUGUUGUGUUUACUUCCGGAAGCACGGGUAGACCUAAAGGCAUCCUUCUAGAGCAUCGUGCGUUUUGUAGUAGCUCGAGCGCCAACAGCCCAGCAAUGAAUUACGGGCCUGGAGCACGCGUGUUGCAAUUCGCUUCGUACACAUUCGAUGUCAGCAUUGGCGAGACCUUUAUGUGCCUUAUGAGCGGCGGAACAUUAUGCAUUCCCCACGAGGAAGAGCGGUUAAACGACGUUGCCGGUGCUAUCAAUCGCGCGAAGGCAAACGUUGUCUAUUUGACGCCGUCGGUUGGCAGCUUCCUGCAACCAUCUGACAUCCCUGGGAUACGAACCUUAGUACUAGGAGGUGAAAGUCUCAGAGAGGAGAAUAUCUCCACCUGGGCAGAAAAGACUCACCUGUUGGCGACCUAUGGCCCGGCCGAAUGCUCAGUGUAUUCAACCUCCCUAGUUGGGGUUCCCAAAGGGACGUCUCCCCAGAACAUCGGCUACGGGUUUGGUUCGCGCAUGUGGGUUGCACACCCAGACGACGCGGCUAAAUUGAGUUCCGUUGGCGCGAUAGGCGAGCUUCUCAUCGAAGGCCCCAUCCUUGCACGAGGCUAUCUCAACGACCAGGCCAAGACAGAUGCGGCGUUCAUACCCGCCCCUGCAUGGCUGCCGUUGGGUGAGUCUGAGACCGAUCGCCCAAUCAGAGUAUACAAGACGGGUGACCUUGUUCGAUACAAUUCCGAUGGCACGCUGUGCAUCGUUGGCCGCCGAGACAACCAGGUUAAGCUCCAUGGCCAGCGGAUUGAAAUGGGCGAGGUUGAGCACGCGAUCCUAGCCUAUGAGAGUAUAUACAACGCACUUGCAAUUGUCCCCAAAACCGGUGCUCUCAAGAACAAACUGGUUGCCGUGCUGUCGUUAAGGGAGGCCACCUCUUCCUCGGUCCCCAGCACCAACGAUAUUCAGUUACUCGAGGACAUAGGUGGUCAGGACGUGCAGGAACGGCUACACGAUGUGCGCCAGCAUACAUCAAGUGUUCUGCCUCCGUAUAUGGUCCCCUCGGUGUGGUUUGCCGUUAAGAGGAUCCCUGUCACAAGCCAUGGCAAAUCAGACCGCUCUAUGGUGACCUCCUGGCUUACAACUCUCGACCAAGACUUUGUGAGCAGCAAUGUUGACGCUAAUAUCGAGGUUAUUCUACCAGGGAACGAAACAGAAAGCGCAAUCCGAGCUGUGGUGGCCUCUGUUCUCAACAUCCCAGAGGGUAAAAUAUCAAUGAACCAGUCCUUCCUUGCUUUGGGUGGUGACUCGAUUACGGCAAUGCAGGUUGCUUCGCGGUGUCGAGCGCGGAAAAUUCAUGUGGCGGUAAAAGAUAUCCUUCGCAGUGUAUCCUUUCAACAGGUUGCUAUGCAAGCCAAGACUGCCAGCGGGUCCGCAAUCCCACUAGAUGGGUCCUCGGGACCCUUUGAGCUCAUGCGCGAUUUCAAACCUGCGGUUCUUGAUAACCUUGCAGAAAGGUUGGGAAUCGAUCCGCAAGCUAUCGAGGACAUUUAUCCAUGUUCCCCAAUGCAAGAGGGAAUCCUAAUUAGUCAAAGUCAGGCCCCUGAGACCUAUAAAUUUUUCGCGGUGUUCGCAAUUAGGUCCAAAGAUGCCACUAUCCCGGUCUCCGCGGAUUAUGUGCGACGGGCGUGGAGGCGACUUGUCGCUAGGCAUCCUUCUAUGCGUACUAUUUUAAUCGAAAAUCCGUCGCAAGACCGUCUUUAUGCUCAGAUCGUGUUAAAAAACCACAAUCCCCGCAUGGAUACAGCUCACAACCUUGACAGCUUGUUCCGAUAUCCCUAUGACCACCCAUUGGACUACAGCGAGCUCACUCCACCUCACCGAUUAACAAUCUUUGAGGGCAAAGAUGUGGUGUACGCUAACCUAGAGAUCAAUCAUGCGAUAACCGACGGUGGAUCAAUGGCGAUUAUGGUCCGUGAUCUUGCAUCCGGUUAUAGCCAAGAGUUAUCCCCAGGGCCUGCAUAUAAAGAUUAUAUUUCUGUUUUACAAAACCUAUCGAAAGAGCGCAUUUUGUCCUUCUGGAAAAACCAUCUCAAAGAUGCCCAGCCGACCUUGUUUCCUCAGCUUCAAGAUGAACGCGCUCCCAACAGGGAGCUCCGCGUCGUCAAUAUUCCGAUUGCGAAAGAUACAAGAUUAAAACUACAAAAGUUCACCAAAACUAACAAAGUGACUUUGGCUAAUAUUUUCCAGGCCGUUUGGGCACUUGUUCUUCGCGUAUACUCGGGAGAAUCAGAUGUUGUCUUUGGAUAUCUGUCUUCAGGCCGCGAUACUGAAGGCGUAGAUGUGGAAAGCUCCGUCGGUGUAUUCAUUACGAUGCUCGUAUGCCGAGUACUUCUUGAAGACUCGUCUUCGCUUCUCACUGUCCUGCAAAAGAUCCAGGAUGGUUAUCUAGAUUCACUUCCGCACCAGCAUACUUCUCUUGCAGAGAUCCAGCAUGCUUUGCAGCUAUCAGGGGAACGAUUAUUCAACACCAUUCUCACCUUACAGCGACCGAUGGUGGAAGAUAACGCAGAUCACGCCGUUUCACUCGAGUAUCUUGGGGGCAGUGACCCCACAGAGUACGAUUUAGGAGUCGACAUUACGAUCACCGAAACCACAAUUGAUGUUUCGAUUAACUACUGGACAACAUUCAUGUCUGAACAGCAGGCGGCGCUAUUAGGCUCAACCUUUUCGAGUAUUCUCUCAAGCCUCCUCGCAUUCCCUCAAUCCAAUGUUGGCGACGUGGAUUUACUAGGCGAAGACCAAUAUCGACAAAUUCGAAGCUGGAACAAUGGUGGUGCCGUGCCGGAUUCUUCUGAGAGUUGUAUUCAUGAUCUGGUUCACGAGCAAGCUAUAAAGCAGCCGGGCUCUGUAGCUAUACAUGCUUGGGAUGGCUCGUUCUCAUUUGCAGAGCUGGAUACCCUUGCGGCAAGACUUGCCACCCAACUCGCUGUAUUGGGUGUCGGUCCCGAGACCCCUGUUCCCCUCUGUUUUGAUAAAUCGGCUUGGACUAUAGUGGCUAUGCUAGCGGUACUAAAGGCUGGCGGAGCUUACACGGCUAUGAACCCUGCUCACCCUAUUCAACACUUAGAGAGCAUUAUCCGCCAGACGAAUUCCCGGAUUAUCCUUGUGGGUUCAGAAUCAUACGGAAUCAAAUUUGAAAGGUCAGUGGACCAUAUUAUUGUCGUGCAGUCGUCACUUUUCCAUACUCUUCCCGAUUUCGAGCCAACAGUGAUCCGGAAUGCAUCUCCUGAAAAUGCAGCCAUGAUCAACUUCACCUCUGGAAGUACUGGCAAGCCCAAAGGCAUUGUGAUCACACACCGUGGAUUCUGUUCUAUGACCGCGCAUAAUGAAGGCAUGUGUAUCCGACCGACAAGUCGAGUUCUACAAUUCUGCAGUUACACAUUUGAUACAAGCAACUCUGAGAUCUUUUUCACCCUUACCACCGGCGGUUCCGUUUACGUUCCUUCCGAGCACGAUCGUUUAAAUAAUCUUCCAGGUAUAAUCAAUCGUUUUGGCGUGAAUCAUGCCUUCUUGACUCCAUCAGUUGCAAUUUCUCUAUCACCCCAAGAUGUUCCAACUCUGAAAACCCUUGUGCUGGUCGGGGAAGCUGUUUCGGAAGAUGUCGCAAAAUUGUGGCAGGAUGAUGUCGUCUUAGUCAACAGUUAUGGCCCUGCAGAAUGCACUGUUUGUUCGUCCUAUGCAAUACUACGUCAAGGAGUUGUCGCCACGAAUAUUGGGCUAGCUCGUGGCUGUAACUAUUGGGUUACAGAGCCGGGCAACAGCCAGCGAUUGAAACCCGUGGGCUGUGUAGGUGAGCUGUUGAUUGAAGGGCCAAUUGUAGCCCGUGGCUACUUAGAUGCAGAUUUGACAGCCCGAGCUUUUAUCCCUCCACCAGGCUGGCGAGGCGAAUGCCUCCCUGAAACAAGGCUCUAUAAGACCGGCGAUCUUGUGCGAUAUGCAAGCGAUGGAACAUUGAUUUAUAUUGGUCGUAAAGAUGGCCAAAUUAAACUCAAUGGCCAACGAAUAGAGAUGGGAGAGGUUGAAAAGGAGAUCAAGAGCUAUGAGUUGGUGCAACAGGCUGUUGUACUGCUACCGAAAUCUGGCCCGUGCAAGAAAAAGCUCACAGCUGUGGUAGCUCUUAAGGGCUUUGCACCCCCCAUCUCAACGAAUUCAGAGCUAGAACCUCUCGAUGACAGCAAAAAGACCAUGGCUAUCUCACAGGUAGAAAAGAUCCGUGAAAGAUUGACUGCUGUUAUUCCGAGCUAUGCAGUGCCGUCUGUAUGGUUGAUGAGCGGAACCAUGCCAUUGACCGCAUCGGCCAAAACGAAUACGCCCAAAGUCAUCAAAUGGGUGGAAAAUUUGGAUAGCAACACAUAUGACAAAGCAUUGGCAGAAACCGAAACGGAUGAGCCCGUGGAGGUUUCUCCUGGCUCACUCGAGGGCCAACUUCAGCGCAUUAUUGCUCGCGUGCUGAACACAUCUCCUGCACAGGUCCCUCUCAGUCGUUCGUUCCUUAAUUUAGGUGGCGACUCCAUUACCGCCAUGCAGUUAGUUGUACGAUGUCGCGGAGAGGGUUUGAGGAUUGUGUUCAAAGAUGUGAUGCAGACCACAAGCAUCGCGGCAUUGGCGAGCCACGUCGAGGCGACGGAUGAUCAACCAAGAUCCAAAGCGGAGAUAUUCGACAGUCCCUUUGACUUGACUCCAAUUCAGCAGUUAUACUUUCAAGACGUCUCGCAAAGUAAUUUGGAUCCCGAUGCGAAUCAAUUUAAUCAGAGCAUGCUCUUCCGACUCGCUCGUGACGUGUCUUACGAGGAAUUAAAACUUGCCCUUGACAGCCUUGUCAAACGGCAUUCAAUGCUGCGUGCACGAUUUGGUCAGUCGCCUGAUGGCCAAUGGACACAAACUAUCCCGAGCAAAAGCACCGACUCCUAUCGCUUCCGUGCCCACGAAGUCGAAACGAAGGAACAAGCUUUGGAGUUGUCGCGUCAUGCACAGGAAGGGCUCGAUAUCCGCACAGGACCCGUGUUUGGCGCAGAAUUAUUUUUCAUUGACGGUCAAAGUCAGCUUCUUUUCCUCGUGGCUCAUCAUCUUGUGAUUGAUCUUGUAUCCUGGCGGAUCAUGGUUCAAGAAAUUGAAGAUUUUAUCGAGAGCGGACCAUCUAACCUGGAUUCUCCCCCUUUUCCAUUCCAAACCUGGCAGCAGCUACAAGCCCAGUACGCCGCUAAAUCCUUGAAGCCAGAUGCUGCUUUGCCUUACUCUGUCCCGCAGGCGGAUUACAGCUAUUGGGGAAUGGAUUAUGUUCCGAAUUUCAAAAAGGACACGGCCGAGUUAACUACCUCAAUGAGUCCGGAGGAUACAGAUCUAUUACUUACUCAGUGCCACCGAGCUAUGGGAACCGAGACACUGGACAUCUUGCUUGCUGCAUUAUUCUCUUCAUUUGUCAAAACGUUUGGGAGGCCACCCCCUGCAAUAUUUAACGAAGGUCACGGCCGUCAGCCUUGGACGGAAAACAUCGAUUUGUCUGAAACUGUGGGAUGGUUUACGACUAUUUUCCCAUUUCAUGUUCCGGUCAAUCUGGAAGCUGGACCUAUUGCGAUCAUUCGCUCUGUAAAAGACCAACGCCGAUCCCUACCUGCACACGGAUGGUCCUACUUCACCUCAAGAUACCUAAAUGAAGAAGGCCAGAGAGCCUUUAAGGACCAUAUGCCCCUCGAGAUCCUUUUUAAUUAUCUCGGGCUAUAUCAAGGGAUGGAGCGGGAAGACGGGCUAUUCCAACUCUUGCCUUUUAACGAAGGAGAUGUCGGCCCAGCUGUACGUCGGUACUCCCUAUUCGAAAUCAAUGUGUACGUUCUUCGCCGAUCAGCGCACAUGUCGUUCACUUUCAACCGAAAAAUGAAGCAUGUGGACCUCAUCCAAACCUGGGUCCGCAAUUACAACGACGAACUCAAGACGAUGUGCCAGAUUCUUAAGAGCGCAGAAACGAUAUUGACUCGGAGUGACUAUCCACUCCUGCCAAUAUCAUACAACGGUUUAGAUCAACUGUGCAAUCAGGCGCUGCCUCAACUGGGGAUAUCCCCGAAGAAUGUCGAAGAUAUUUAUCCUUGUUCACCACUGCAAGAAGGAAUUCUUCUCAGUCAAACACGAGUCAAAGAGGCCUAUGCAUACCAUGCGACUAUGGAAUUGAAAUCGACCAGCGGUGCUCCGGUUUCCGCCAGGCAGUUGGCCUCAGCCUGGGAACAAAUUGUCGAACGGCAUGCUAUGCUCCGCACGAUUUUCCUUGAAAAGGUGACUUCCCGGCCAUUUGAUCAAAUAGUUUUACGCAAAUCGGACGCAAAGCCUCUGCUCUUAGAGGCACAAUCUUACCAAGAAGCGAUUAAUAUUUUGAAUCGCCUCGAAAAGUUGACCGUUUCUCCCGCUGAGCCUCCACAUCGCUUGACCGUUGUUGAAACUACCGACAGUGCGGUUUUCUUCAAGCUCGAAAUCAGCCAUGCCCUCGUGGAUGGAACUACUAUGUCAAUCCUGAUUACGGAGCUUCUCGAAGCUUACACUGGCAAGCUUAUGCCUGGUACUGGCCCGCUAUAUAGUGACUACAUAGCUUAUAUACAAUCGCAACCUAUUGACGAAGCUCGCCAUUUCUGGAUUGAUUACCUGAAAGAUGUCAAGCCAUGCCAAUUCCCUUCCCUACGAGAAUCAGAAAACCGAAAGUCUGAAUUAUGUCAUGUUAGUGUCCCGGUUCCGAGUCUCACCCAGGUACGGCAAUUCUGCCAACAAAAUGAUGUAACUCUAGCGAGCAUCAUACGCCUCGCCUGGGGCCUAGUUCUGUCUGCGUACACUGGCGAAGAACAGGUAUGCUUUGGCUAUCUCACCGCUGGAAGAGAGAUCCCUGUUGCUGGGGUUGAGAACGGCAUAGGUCCUUUUAUCAACAUGCUUGUCUGCUCAUUGAAUGUGUCAAAUAUUGGGCUACAGCCAGUGAUCUCGGAGCUCAAAGAGUUACAACAGGAUUACAUCCAUGCCUUGCCACACCAACAUAUUGGUCUUGCUGAGAUAUGUCAUGCGUUGGGCCUCGGCGGAACUUCGCUGUUUAACACUGUCAUAAGCUUUCAGCAUCGUGACAUUGAUAACCUUGCGCUUGAGGAUUUACGAAUUGAAUACAUAUCCGGGGAAGACCCUACAGAGGUAAGAGUUUUUGGCCGCUUCUUAUGGCAGCACAUUCAACGCAGCUUGGCUAACAGCUUCUUUAAGUAUGAUAUAACUGUCAAUGCUAUAGAUAGUGAUAAAGGCUGGGAGAUAUCUCUGGGUUACUUAGAAGCUCGUCUUUCAUCCGAACAAGCGGCCAACCUUGCAGCCACCUUAUCUACGACGCUGACGUCCCUCAUCUCCUCCCCGCAGUCCAAGGUAGGAUCAAUUGAUAUAUUCAGCAAUCGCGAUUCCGCCCAAGUGUGGAAAUGGAACUCAGAUCUUCCCUCGAUGGUCAACGAGUGCCUACAUACACUGUUCCAACGCCAGGCAAUGAUGAACCCAGAUUCACCAGCCAUUACGUCGUGGGACCAAGACCUUACCUAUCGCCAGCUUGAUGAUCGCACAACGCAGCUUGCCCACUUGCUUUUGGAUCUGGGGAUCGGUUCUGGAGACCUAAUUCCUGUUUGUUUUGAAAAGUCCGCUUGGGCUAUAGUUGGAAUGCUAGGCAUCCUCAAAACGGGGGCCGGGUUCGUACCUCUCGAUCCCUCCCAUCCUCCUCAACGCUUGGCUUCAAUUGUUAAUCAACUUUCACCCCCACUGGUUCUCACGUCGCCAAAUACGUCAAAACUCGUGGUGCAGUUGGUGAAGCAUAUCCUUGUCGUAUCCAGAUCGGCAAGUACAUGGGUAAACGAGUCAACCGAAGCAGUUAACGUUUCUGUGUCCCCACAACAUGUUGCCUACACCUUAUUUACCUCUGGAAGCACCGGUACUCCAAAGGGAGUGGUCGUUGAGCAUUCCGCUGCGGCUACCAGCAUCAUGCAUCAUGGAUUAAGAAUUGGAUGCAGCUCAGAAACACGCAUGUUCCAAUUCGCAGCCUAUACCUUUGACGCGUGCAUUCUUGAAAUAUUUACUACUCUUGCUUAUGGCGGCUGUAUUUGUGUUCCAUCCGAAGCUGAGAGGAUGAACGACAUAUCGGGCUCUAUCAAUCGACUUCGCGUAAACACGACGUUCCUUACUCCUUCUGUUAUCCGUAUUCUGCGACCAGAAGCAGUUCCAACCCUAAAAACAGUGAUCCUUGGAGGAGAAGCGUUGGGUAAGGAUAACAUCCAAAUCUGGGCAGAAAGACUACGGCUCAUGAACGGAUAUGGCCCGACUGAAACAUGUGUAUUUGCUGUGAUGAAAACAUUUACCACCAAAGAUGAGCAGCAUAACGUCCUUGGUCAUGCAGUAAGCUGUUUAACCUGGAUUACACAGCCCAAUGAUCAUAAUAAAUUAGCCCCUAUUGGUUCAGUUGGUGAACUACUUAUUCAAGGAGAAACUUUGGCUCAGGGGUAUUUGCACGAUGAAACAAAAUCGGCAGCGGUUUUCAUCAAGAAUCCCGAAUUUUAUCCACGGUUACAUGAAUCGGACUGCAGAUUCUAUAAAACAGGUGAUUUAGUUCGAUAUAGUAGCGAUGGGAGCAUAACAUAUCUGGGCCGGAAAGACACUCAAAUCAAACUCCGCGGACAACGUAUCGAACUCUCGGAGAUUGAACAUCAAGUCAAGCAGUGCCUACCGGGGAAUUUUCAAAGCGCCGUGGAAGUUGUCGAACCCCAUAACGAAAAAGACCAAGCGGCAUUGGCUGUCUUCAUAUGCGAAUCAACCCGUUUCUCUCGCGAAAAUCUACUUACUACAAUGACCGACGAGUUUCGCUCGUUGGCGGCGGAAACACAAAAGGCUUUAACCCAAACCCUUCCCAUAUAUAUGCAACCUUCCUUUUACUUCCCGAUAAACCAGAUGCCUACUACAUCAGCGCAAAAGCUAGACCGGACAAUGCUUCGCGAUUGCAUUGCAGCUUUGUCAGAUGCAGAUUUAAAGCAAUACUCCCUGGUAAAACACUUUCAUCGCCUUCCGACCACGUCGACCGAGAAGAGUUUGCAGGAACUGUGGCAUCAAAUUCUAAAUAUUCCGACAAGUCAAAUUGGAGUAGACGACAAUUUCUUUCAGAUUGGAGGAGAUUCAAUUGCGGCCAUGAAAAUUGCAGCCGCUUCCCCAUCGCAUUUGAAUAUCUCUGUUGCCGAUAUUUUCCGUUAUCCGGUCCUGACUGAGUUAGCCAGCGUUAUCUCAUCGAAAGCCAAACCUAACGCAUUCGAGGAGACGCAAAUUCGCCCGUUUGAACUCCUAUCCAAAACUAUUGAUCCGUUGUCUGCUCUAAACGAGAUCACGGCUCAGCACAAUAUUGCUGCCGAGCUAAUAGAAGAUCUCUACCCAUGUACUCCUCUGCAACAGGGGAUGAUGACCCUUUCCAUUCUCAAUCCCGGGACUUACGUUCUCAGACAAGUCUUUCGAUUAGCACCGUCAGUCAAUAUUGCGCAGUUCCAGUCUGCUUGGGACAUUGUCUCCUCACAGCAUCCUAUCUUGCGAACAAGGUUUGUUCAAACAGUCUGCGCCGGCCUACUCCAGGUAGUCGUAAAGGGACACACUGCAUGGAAAACCGCGAAAACCUUGCAACAAUAUCUUGAUUUAGACACGAUGCAGCAGAUAGGCUAUGGCGCAUCCCCAGUGCGAUACGGAAUUACCGAUGAUGGCCACUUUAUCUGGACGGGACAUCAUGCAAUCUAUGAUGGCUGGUCGCUCCCGUUAAUUUUUAAACAGAUGCAAUUCGCCUAUGAGCAUGGCUACUGCCCUCGUACCUUGAACUAUAAUACCUUUAUCAAAAGCCUCCAAGAAACUGAGUCGGAGUCAUCCCAUACCUUUUGGAAGAGACAGCUGGCUGGGGAGCGCCCUUCUACGUUUCCUGAGCUGCCCUCCACACAGUACCGCCCUCGAAUUGGAGGCUCGUCCAAAUAUAAACUGAACCUCCCAAAUAAGACCUUAGGAACGAAUGUCCUCCGUGCUGCCUGGACACUGGUACUUUCUCGUUAUACGGAUUCCGAAGACAUUGUGUUUGGCACAACCCUUUCCGGUCGCAAUGUUCCGGUCCAUGGCAUCGACAAAAUGAUCGGACCAACAAUUACAACUGUUCCAGUGCGGGUUCAUUUGAAGUCUGGGCUCACAGUCGCUGCGCUUCUAGAUCAGCUUAACCAACAGAAUAUGGAGAUGAUUCCGCAUGAACAUUUCGGACUGCAUAAUAUUGCCAAUUUGAGUCCAGAAUGUGCUCAGGCUAUCGAGUUUCAGAACCUUUUCGUCAUUCAGCCCGUGCUAGAAUCAACACAAGUCAGCCAGAACCCCAUACUCGAGCAGGUUGACCUUGCCAUCAAAGACUUCGAUACCUACCCCCUGAUUUUCGAAUGCCAGCUGGCUGUGGACGGGAUCCUAAUCGAGGCGAGGUAUGACGAAUCCCUCUUAUCUGCCUCUAAGAUUUCCUGGAUGCUGCAUCAUUACGAGUAUGUACUCAACCAGCUUAUGGACCAAACGGCGCAAGAAAGUAUGGUCGCGGAUAUUAGUAUAUUCAGCGAUUUCGAUAACGGCCAAAUUUUACAAUGGAACCAACAAUAUCCUGAAGUUGUUGAAGCCACUGUCCCGCAGAUAUUUGCCGAACAAGUCGUCCAACAUCCAACUGCCCUAGCAGUUGACGCGUGGGAUGGUCAACUAACCUACUUCGAGCUCGAUCGCCUCUCGACCUUACUGGCAAAACAUUUGGUGUAUUUAGGCGUCGGUCCUGAAAUUCUUGUACCGCUUUGCUUCGAAAAGUCUCGCUGGGCUAUCGUGGCCCAGAUGGCCGUCAUGAAAGCUGGCGGCGCUUGUGUCAACCUUGAUCCAGCUCAUCCAUUGACCCGCCUCGAGACCAUCGUGAAAGCUACUCGAGCCAACGUGCUAUUGGGUUUCAGCAAGCCACGCAGGAAUUCUUGGAUCUUCGGUCGAUUUGCCACAAGUUAUAGUGACAGAGGAAUUCAUUUGUGA